AUGAGCCGCGUGCAGCUGGAGUCGGACGACUCCGACUCCUCUGCGGGCUCACCGGAGCGACAGGCGGUGUCGAGGACGUCAUCGCAGUCUGUUAUCGAGUCCGUGGACCCCAGAGCCUUGCGCAGCCAGACCAGUGCCAGCCUGCGCUCGGCUACACAUCAAGCAGCCCGUGCUCCAGCUCAAUUGGAAGCAAGCUCGGAUGAUUGGGACGCUCCAGACUCGGAGGACGACGUGGAUCUCUAUGGCCGCCCUGUCGCCCGAACCGCCAGCAGCAGCAGUGAACAUGAGAAUGCAGAUCUCGAGGAGGCUGGUACUCUCGCUUCAGGCCAUGGCGCUCCUCGCGAACAACAGGAACAGCGGCGCCGCCGGACACGAGCAGCGUCCGGCAGCGUCCGGGCGCUCCAAUCGCUAGCCGCUGCACGCCGAAGGCGCGCCGAUGUUCAAAACGCCACUGUGGAGCACGCCCGGUCACCCACAAGCCCCCAACGCAAGCGGGUGCACCGCGACCAAUCCACCAGCGCCGAGUUGGCCGAACCCAAGCACUCCAAGCUGUGGAAGUAUCGCGAGGCCCACUCCACCCUCAACCGCACCAGCAGGUUCAUCCCCGAACACAGCGCAUAUAACCACGAUCUACGCGAAGUGGAGGACCUGGCCGGUUUUAUAGCCAGCGACGACGAGGAAGCCCGCGCCCGACCACAUCGCCUGCUCUUGCCAGACUCCGAUUCAGAGAAUGAAGCGGCACCCGGCCCCAAUAUCAAUGCUAGUCAGCCGCCCGUCCCGGGCAUGCCCUCCUUUUCAACUGAUUCCGACUCGGACCAAGGUUCUGAUGACCCAGCGAUGAUGACCAUACUUCUUCAAAGAAACCUGAAUCUGGCCGUGCCAAGUCUUUGUCUGGUUUUUGGAGCUGGCUCUUCGAAUGUAAAAGACUCAAAUCCACGCCAAAUAGAACGCGUGCGUCGCUCCCUUCAAGGGCCACUGGCCUCUGACGAUGAUGCCUCAAGCUCGAGUAGCACGGUCGCUGCCAUCUCUGACGACGAAGACGCGGCUUGUGUUGCUGCCGCCAGACUUUUCGACGAGCCGCGCCGCGGAUCGCAGUCACAGGCGGUGCCACACGCUGAUCAACGUGUCUCUGAGGAGGACUUUUUCGUCAACAGUGACGAGGAAGGGGAAGGCGAUGGCACCCAUCGUCACUUUGAAUGCCCAUGUCAGCAUGACGCCCCGUACAUGGGACGACGCCUCUUCUGCCGUCAAGAGCUGUGUCGGCGCAUGCAGCAUGCAGCCUGUUUCAACCGCCCUGAACGCCGUGAUCGCAGUUUGCCCCCGCAUAUUUGCCACGUUUGCACCAAAGUCGUUCCAGAGGUACCCGCUGAUCGCACAGCCCUGUGGACUGCUGUUGAGCACGACGACCUCAACGAGGUGACCAAGCUUCUGAACCAACAAAGAGUACCCGCAGACAUUUGCAGCUAUGAUCACGACGGCAUGACGGCGGUCAUGCUGGCCGCGCGCCGCGACAAUUGGCCGAUUAGUCGUGUCAGCCGUGUCGACUUGAACAACUGGACCAUCCUCCACCACGUCAUCGCCACGGAUGCCGACCGUGUGCUCCAACAUCUCCUCGACGUCGUGAUGGCUGGCCGCGAGCCCUUGAAUCAGCCUCAAUUCAAGGAGCGCCUCGAUGGAAGCAAUCUGCUGCACCAUUGCGCAGCUUACAACGCUCUGCAGUGCUGGGCCGUCAUGCUCCGCUAUGCGCGUCUCAAGCAGGCCAUGGGCGCUUGGGUCGACAAGCCCGACCAUGAGGGCAUGACCCCGCUUUUUACUGCCCUGCGAGCUGGGCACUUGACAAUGGCCCAAAAGCUUUGGCCGCGCUCGGUUGCUACACGAGACAGCACGGAUGCCCACCGGCGCACAGCCCUGCACCUGGCUGCAGAGGGUGGCAAUGCUGAAUGUGUGCGCCUGGUCCUUGAUGCAUCAAGCAGCGACGUGCUGGAAUCGCGCGACGCCAUGGGCUUUACCCCCCUUAUGGUGGCAGCACAAGUGGGCGCAGAAGCGGCUCUUGAAUGCCUCAUUGCGGCCGGCGCCCAGGUCGAGGCGUUUGAUCACGAGGGCACAUCUGCCUUGCACGUGGCUGCUUUGGGUGGCCAUACCGCUGCCCCGCUCCGGGAACGAGCCAUCGCCAUCUUGAAAACCAUCUCAACCACGGAACGAUACUUUCGCUUCCUGAACGAUCUGGUGCGCCAGCAUCCCGCAAUGCUGGAUACAGACCUGCAUUUUCUACUCUAUCAACGAGGCCUGUUGGACCUUGACGUCAAAACCGCUUGGCUGCGUCGCAAAGUGCAAAACGAAAUGCCCCGUUCCCUCGCACAAGUCCAAGCUGCCAGGCUAUCCCCUACGAAGCAUCCUAAAAACAUUCAUUUAAAAGUCGCCUUUGUGGGCGAGGCAGGAAUUUGCCUCGGGCCUCUGCGUGAGCUCUUCUCCGUUCUACCUGAUAGUAUUCUAACCGACACCAAGCUUCUGACCGCAGCGACGGAAAACAACCCCCGGCUUGUCCCAACGUACUUUUUGAACGAGCACGGAGCAUGUGAGGCUGCACGGCCGGACUCCAACGCGAGAACUGCCCAAUUUCGGGCAUUGGGAACGCUGUUAGGGCUGGCUAUCUUGCAUCAACAGACCGUGAAUUUACCACUGGCAUUGCACGUCUUGGCUGAGAUGCUGAGCGAUCCCGUAGAGCCCAACAUUGACUCGCUCGAGACCUUGGACGGCGAUUUAGGCCGCAACCUGCGGUGGCUCUUGAACCGGUCCAUUGAUGACUUGGAUCUCGAUCUUGGCUACAGCGUGUCAGUCCCGCCUUGUGCGGGUGCAGCCCCGAUUGAGAUUGAGCUUUCACGCGAUCACGCGUCCGUCACGGAUGCCAACAAAAAGGGCUACGUCCAAGCCGUGGCACAAUUUCACCUCGUGGAUAAGACUUCGUGCGAGGUGAGGGAUUUGCGUGAAGGCUUUCAAAGUGUCUUACCGCCGGAUUUGCUGAUGCCUUUCACGGCGGGCGAGUUGGCGCUCACUCUGGAAGGCGUCGCGACCAUUGAUGUGCAAGCAUGGCAACGACAUACCUCCUACUCGAAUGAGUACGAUGCGAACCAUCAGGUUAUCCGAUGGUUCUGGCAGCUGGUGACCACGCUCUCGGACGCUGAAAAAAGCCUGCUCUUGCAAUUUGUAACGGGCGUCACCAGGCUACCCCCCGGCGGCUUCGCCGAUCUUCGUGCCUUGGGGGGCGGGUCCGGCAUGACCAUUACAAGGGGAGGAGACGUGCGGCAUUUACCUGGAGCUUCAACAUGCUUCAAUCUCCUCAAGCUACCACCAUACCCAACCCCUGCAAUUCUACGUCAGAAAGUGCUGAUUGCCAUUCGUCAUGGGGCACAUGGGUUCUCCUUCAGUUGA